GUCUUCUUCUUGUCAUCCCUUCCGUUUCCCUUUCUUUUCGUCUUCACGUUUCCGCGGGAGUGUUACGAUACGUUCGCGUUCGUGUAACUUUGUGUUUGCAAAUCAAUCCAGAAUGUUUAUGCCAAAGGCCCAUCGCGUCGCGAUCUACGAGUACCUCUUCAAGGAGGGCGUGAUCGUGGCCAAGAAGGAUUUCCAUGCCCAGAAGCACCCCGAGCUGGAGUCGAUCCCCAAUCUGCAUGUGAUCAAGGCUCUGAAGUCGCUCCAUUCGCGCGGCCUGGUCCGUGAGCAGUUCGCCUGGCGCCACUACUACUGGUAUCUGACCAACGAGGGAAUCGAGGAGCUGCGCAGCUACCUGCACCUGCCGCCCGAGAUCGUUCCAUCGACGCUGAAGCGUCCCGCACGCUCCGAGACCGUGCGUCCACGUCCCGCCGCUGGCGGUCCACGCGGACCUGGUGACGCCUCCAAGACCGGCGAGGAUCGCUCCGCCUACCGUCGUGCUCCCGGAGGCAGCGGUGUGGACAAGAAGGGCGACGUUGGUCCCGGCGCCGGCGAGGUCGAAUUCCGCGGCGGAUUCGGACGCGGAUCGCGCAACUAAACCAUGCGCUUCAGUUUUUUUUUUAAUGUAUAAUUCAAAACUCAAGUAAAAAAAAAUGUUGAACUGAAGAAGAUCCAGAUCCCUCAACAUCAGAAAACAAAAAAUGUGUGUGUGUUUUAUGAUAUGACGAGAUUAUAAAGCAAACGCAAGUGAAAAAAACCUGUGCCCUUUUUUUUUGUUGUGGUGUGCAAAUCGGCGAUGAAUUCCCCGAAUCCAACUGUGGUGAUCCAUUCAUUCUUUAUGGAAGGUUUAGGGAAGUUAUAACUACCUGUUUCUGUAGUUUUUCUGUGUGAAAAACCGCUUAGAGCAUCUGUAUUUUAGUUAGAAUCAGAAAUUUCCUACAUGUAAUAUAUAUGCUUGACCAGCCACACGAGUUCAGUCUAAAGCAUUUCCAACAAUGUGCAAAUAUUUGCCUUUUAAUGAAAAUUUGGUGGUUUAACUCCAUUAGCAAAAGAUUCCACGAAGAUUGUUUAACUUCAACUCAAAAAGCCCCCAAAAAACGAUUUGAAAGAGUAACAGCAUGCAUAUCAAUUUAGCAAAUAUUUAUUUGUUUAUGUUGUUUCAUUAAUAAUUAUGAAAACGUGAAGAAAUUUAAAUGCUUUCGAAUAACAUUAUUUUUAACCAAUGAAACUCAACCGAUAUACUCGUAUUUUUGAAAUAAUUGUCCAACCAAAACAUUGGCACGUGGUAAACAAGCUAAGUCGGUUGUGUUAUGAAAGUUGUUUUGCAAAAAUCCUACAUUUUCCGCAAUUACUUGCCAAAGUACAACAGCAUCUUAAUAAUCUUGGAACUUUUUUUGGGUUAAAAACUGGAAAGAGGUUUAGAUUUCUUACAUUGUCUAAAAAGCGUGUAAAAACAUCUUAUUUUAGUAGUUUAUUUAGGUAAAACCUUAAUUAGAAAAAUAAUUUUUGUUUAAUAAAACUAAAAUUAAUGUUUAA